AUGCUCGCGGCUGCUUGCCCCGACCACGAUGUUCUCGGCGCCAAUGCGGCGGAGCCGGACGACACGCCGGACUGGGACGCGGAGAUGUCGAUCUUCAAGUCGCGGAUGAUGCGGCCGAACCAGCUCGAGGUGCAGCGCCAGCUCGCCGCGGACCGCGAGGUGGGCGCGGUGCUGUACUGCGGCGACGGCCUGGCGAUCAUCGAGGGGCUUGAGAACGACGCGGACGUGGGGACGACGGUGUCCUUCGUGUCCGGCGCGACGGGCGUGCUGCUGUGGCGCCGGGACGACAACCUGUGCUACGCGCUCGUGCUCGGCGGCGCGCAGAACGUGUCGGUGGGGGAGCGCGUGACGUGCCGCGUGGCGGGGGUGCUGCAGGUCGUCGACGAGGACGAGGGGCCGAGCACGAAGACGCAGUACGACGCGUUCAAGGUGCCCGCGGGCGACGCCCUCCGCGGCCGCUUCGUCGACUUCCUCGGCCGCCCCGUGGGCCCCGACGGCGGCGUCGAGCCCGGCGCGGUGCCGCUGGGCGCGGAGAAGAAGGUCGCGCUGCUGAACGCGGCGCCGGACAUGGACGCGCGCGAGCCCAUCUGCGCGGGCCUCCCGACGGGCAUCGCGGGGAUCGACGUGCUGGUCCCGCUGGGCAAGGGGCAGUCGCUGCUGCUGACGGGGCCGAGCGGGUCCGGGAAGACGGCGCUCGCGCUGGACAUGGUGGCGGCGCAGAAGGACUCGGGCGUGCGGUGCGUGUACGCGAGCAUCGGGGCGUCGCCGGAGGUGCUGGCGGACGUGCGCGGGCAGCUGGAGGCGCGCGGGGCAAUGGGGAACACGACGGUGGUGGCGGCGACGGCGGGGGCGUCGCUCGGGGAGCAGUACGCGGCGAUCUGCGCGGCGUGCGCGAUCGCGGAGCGCGAGCGCGACGCCGGGGGCGACGCGCUGGUGGUGGUGGACGACCUGCGGGCGAUGUUCGACCUGUGGGCGCGCAUCAACAGCGAGGUGGCGGCGCUGGGGGACGCGUACCUGCUGUACCGCGGGAAGGAGGGCGGGCAGAUGGAGAACACGGCGCUCGGGCAGAAGGCGCUGGAGGGCGCGUCGAUGGACGACGACGAGAUGGUCGAGUACGAGGGCAUGAUCGUGAGCGUCGCGGUGGCGCAGCGGCGCAAGUUCCUCUCCGCGCUCGUGCAGCGGUCCGCGAAGCUGCAUCGCCGGAACGGCGGCGGGUCGCUCGCGCUCGUCGGCGUGCUCGCGGGGCGGCCCGCGCAGGGCAUGGCACGCGGGGACAAGGCGCGCGCCGCCAUCCGCAACUCGAAGACGCUCUCCGACGAGCGCAAGGAACGCAUGCUCCGCGCCCUCGACGAGCAGGAGGCCAGCGCGGCGGGCGAGCGGGGUCCUCACCCGGAGCGCGAGGUCGCGACGGAGGUUGUGGAGGAGCUCAUGUCGAUCACCGACGGGCAGAUAUUGCUCGAGGCGCGCGCGGACGAGGACGCGCCGAGCGUGGUGUCGGCGUCGGGUAGCGUGUCGCGCAUCGGCGGGCGCGCGUACUUCCGCCCGCUGGAGCGCCUGCACACCUCGGAGGUCCGGCUGGACCUGGCGCAGGCCGAGGACGAGAGCCGGUUCGCAUCGAACCAGGGCGACCCGCUGAUGGUGCGCCGGAGGGGCGCGGCCGCGCGGCUACGCGCGCUGCUCGCGCACCGCGCGGGGGCGCCCGUGCCGCCCGUGGAGUGCGUGAUGAUGAUGCUGGCCCUGCGCAAGCACCUGCUGGACCGGCUGCCGGCGGGGGGCGAGCGCGGGGCGUGGCGGGCCGCGGUGGACCGGGUCUACCGCGAGUGCGGGGCGGACGUGGAGGAGAUGGCGCGGACGCAGGUGAUGACCACGAAGGCGGAGGCUCGCUUCCUGCACGCGCUCGAGGAGGGGCUGCCGGGGCCGCCCGCCGCGCCGUGA